AUGCGGCAUGGGCUGCGCUUCGUCAGCGCCGCUGAGGCGCGACGCCGGCGGGUGACCUAUCGCACUAACUACGACACGCUCAAAGGGCGGAUACAGCUAACAGCACCAGAUAGUGACACAGCAGACGCCGUUUACGCCGAGAUUAUUGCCUUAGAACCGGGGGAGUGCCUGGCGCUGCGUAGCGCAUUCCACUUCAGAGUGCUGCGCGGUGCAGUAGAGUUUAACGGCCACGUAUACACCCCCAGAAGGAAUGCCUACACUAAGGCCAUCCUGCCCACAUGGUCGCCGCCGGAGCGGAUGCUUGCGCUGUGCAAAAGCGCCGACGUCGACCACGGGGAAGCGGAUGCCGCAGCAGCGGACCAGCCUGCGCAUUGCCGCACAUGUACAGGCAUACUGGCGGAGCACUUGCUAGGCGGCACGUGCUGUGCCGUACGUGCGCGCCUCCAGGAGGACGGAGCUCUCGCGGAAAGGCAUUUCAAUAUCGCAGCGGCCGACAGGAGGGGCGCCCAUUCUCAACCGGAUCCCGACUGCGGCGCACUCGAGUACUACACCGAGCAAAACCCGAACCUGGCAGGGGAUACGACCGUGGUGGCGCUUGUACCGCACACCAGCGCAUUUGGCACUGUGGACUUCAGGAGGCUGCUAGCGCCGCCAAGACCGCCCAAGAUUGUGGUGCCCGGGCUCCUGGAGGCUGCCCGUGAACUGUUGCUCGUCUGCGUCAGGGGCGAGCGCGCACCUGUGCUCAUGCUUCACGGAGACAAGAGCGCCGGCAAGUCGACUGCCGUUGUCUAUAUCGUCAACUACUUGCUGAACCAUCUCGACACAGUGGCGCUGCUGGACACGGAUGUCGGCCAGCCGAUUUUCGCACCACCCGGGACGAUAUCGCUCAAGUUCGUCACGGAGACCAUCAACGCGCCUCCACACUCGCUUCUGGCCGGACAACGGCCGGAUGCAGUCUACCUCUUGGGAGACGUAAAGGUGACCCGCCCCGAAAUGCUGCUGAGGCACGUCCACCGCUGCUUCGAAAUAUACACCACCGCGGUGGAGGACGACCGAAGCGUGCCGUUGAUAGUGAACACCUUCGGGUGGAUAUCAGGCAUGGGGUCCAAGAUCCUGGAGGGGAUCGCGGGAAUCACCAAGACCUCCGUGAUGCUAAAGCUGAACUCGAAGCACCCGAAUUCGGCCUCCCUUUACCCGGUGUCCACGCACGGCGAACUGGAACAAGCAAUACGAAGCAGCCUGGAUGUUGAGUCUGGCCCUGCCGAGAAUACAGAGAAUGCGCAGAACCAGGCGGUCACGAUGUACAAAAAGGUAGUUGAGGAGUGCGGCGCCACGCUGCCGUGGGAUGAAACGGGCUCGGUCGUCGUGGAGACCCUCUCGCAUUCGGUCGCGAAGUCCGUCGCCAUUGAAAUGGUUGAGCAGUUCAGAGCCAACUACAGGGAAUAUCCGUAUUGCGGCCUGAGCGCGUGGCAGCACCUGCGGGACAGCCGCGGCGAAACCAAGGCGGAUCCCACACCAAACGACCUGCGCUGGCUUAGAGCCUGCGCCAUGAUAAACCCAACCUUCGGAGAUGCCAUGCACUUCCCACAGCUGCAUCAGGAGGAAUUCUUCGGGGCAGUGAAGACGACGGCGUUCCGCAGGUACGUGCGCUACCCCGCCCUCUUCCGCUCCCCCAAACAAAUCCGGAUAAUGGCGGAACGGUACUCCUUUGUGGUACAAAUCAACACCCCGUUGGAGAAAAUGGAAGAGGUAUGCCCGGCCAUAGCAGGCAGCAUAGUGGCACUCUGCCGCGGCAGGUGCGAUCGCGUGUUUAGCAACGAAAUCGGAGGUGACUGGGAAUUCAUCACCUAUGUCUACGUGCAUUAUUUGAAUGCGGAGGACAUGACGAUGCUAGCAUCGCACUCUGAAAUCGACACCCCGGGACAGAUUCAUCGAGCCAACAUAGCGGUGCUGUGCCAAACCGUGGGAUUGGACGUAAUUCCCACCAGACUCUGCCCUAUGGCGAAAUUCCGCAGCAUUGAAGGCGGUGUGGAGCGCCUGGAUGUGCUGUGGAAGCCCAGGGAGCUGUCGACGUCGCAGUUCGUGCCUUUCCGAAGGAACAGCCUCCUCCACAUGGUCAACACACAGGGAGCUGGCAACUCGGCUGCAAAUUCGCGGAAAAACAUCAAACGACACCGGCAAGAACCGAGGAUGGACAAAUUCGGCAAUGUGUAG